AAAAAAAAAAACGUGAUGCUGCUGUUUUUUUUUUUUCUCCCCCUCAACAGCCCCGCGCGAGCACAUCCGCACUGCGCUUUCGCUCGCGCCCCAUUGGCCGAAGGCUCGGCGGCGGGGCACGCGCGCCGGGGCCACGCGCGGAGCCGCGGGGUGGGCGGGGCCUGCAGGCUCUCCCUCUUCCUGCGCAGCGCGACUCCCCGGCAGCGGCGGCAGGCGGGCGGACCCGGCGUGCUCUCCUCCUGCGGUACCUUCGCCGGUGCGCCAGGAACACGACGCGGAGCAGCUCGACUCGGCUUGAGCGGCGGCAUGGCGGCGGCGGAGUCCUGCGUCGUGAUCAGUGACGAGGAGCAGGGCUAUGCGUUGGACCUGUUCUGCAUCCCCAAACACUAUGCAGGCGACCUGGAGAGAGUCUACAUCCCCCACGGGCUCAUCAUGGACAGGACCGAGCGCCUGGCCCGAGAGAUCAUGCGCGACAUGGGAGGCCACCACAUAGUGGCGCUGUGCGUGCUGAAGGGAGGGUACAAGUUCUUCGCCGACCUGCUGGACUACAUCAAGGCCCUGAACCGCAACAGUGACCGGUCCAUCCCCAUGACGGUGGACUUCAUCCGGCUUAAGAGUUACUGCAAUGACCAGUCCACUGGAGAAAUAAAAGUCAUCGGAGGAGAUGACCUUUCGACCCUCACAGGAAAGAAUGUCUUGAUAGUGGAGGACAUCAUUGACACAGGCAAGACGAUGAAGACCCUGCUGGAGCUGCUCAAGCAGUACAACCCCAAAAUGGUCAAGGUGGUCAGUUUGCUGGUGAAGAGAACCCCCAGAAGUGUGGGUUACAGACCCGACUAUAUAGGAUUUGAGGUUCCUGACAAAUUUGUAGUGGGAUACGCCUUAGACUACAACGAGUACUUUAGAGAUCUGAAUCACAUCUGCGUGAUCAGUGAAGAUGGCAAAGAGAAGUACAAGGAAUGAAGAGGACUUCGCUCCCCCUCCUUAGCUGUGUCUUAUUAUUAUAUUAUUAUCGUAUCGUUAAUUUUAUAUUUUAAGAAAUUUUAAAGAGCUCGAGUAAGGCGGCACAAGUUCACGAGAGGGAGGCUAGGGUCCGGGAGCUCCUCCUGCCACAGAGAGUGCCGAAGUCUUCUUCGCCCAUCACAGCAGCCCCCCCUCACCCUCACCCUCACCCACACACGCCACAGCUGCACGCCUGGGUGGGGAUCCCCUUCCUGUAGGUACUGUGCAACUCCAAGGCUUGGCUCUGGGAGGCCGUAGGCAGUCGGGCGAACAGGGCGUGCGUGACGGUGCACACCUGCUUCCUCACUCACAGGGACAGGACAGGCGAGGCGGGGGGGGGCGUGUGGCGGUCAGCCCUAGCUCCUGCGGGUUCAGAGCAGGCAGGGGUGGGGACGGGAGGGGGGGCCAGCGGCGCAGAGGAAGCGUUGGGUCCGGCCACACGGCCCGCUCACUGAAAUGGAUUUGCAGGGGGUUGUGCCGUAGUUCUACAUGGGAAUAAUUGGGAGUUCUGCCCUUUUCACUGGUGUGCUCUGAACCAGUCGAUCUUACGGGCCAGACGAGACUUGGAACCUGGAUUAAAUCGGAGCUCCGCCGGUCAUCGAUUCCAACCCCCCUUACUGGCCACACUCGGCAUCAGCUGCCUGCUGGGCGCAUGUAUUUGUGUGCCCAGCAGAGGGCGCUGCCAGAUGUGGUUCGGUACUGGCGUGUAGCAGCCAGGUCAAAGUUUUCAUUCAGUUCAGGCCUCAGGCUUCUCGGCCCACUGAGGCCCUUCAGUUAAAAGCCCUCCCACUGUCCCAGUCGUCUUCACAACUGUAAGUGUCCAGUCCCAAUCGCAUUUACAGGCUUCCGUCGUUGUGCUUCAGGGGGUGCGCCCUUCUUCCCGAGCUGUUGGCUGUUGUCACAGCCCCCACGACUCCCGUCUCUCCUCACAGCAGUGCUGAGCUGACUUCUACAAAGGCUGAAACGUCUGGGGAAGCCAGCAGUUCUGCGCUUACAUCGGUGGGUGACGAGGAAAGAAAAGGCCUUUUCUGAAAAGAGAUCAAGGCCUUAAUCUUAUUUUUUGUCAAGGUUAGAAAAAGGACUUUAGAGACCUGCUGCAGCCCCUUCUGGUGAGUGAACCACCUCCUGUUGCAUCAAAUGUUGCACAUGCCUCAAGUUUAUUCAUAAUUGCAGGGGGAAAGGAGCGCUGUUACUCGGCUUUAUUUUUUUAAAAACUAUUUUGCAGUUUUAAAUCUUGGGAAUGUUUAAAAUGAAUGCUGAAAAAAUGUCUGAAAGGCAGAACUGAUCGUUACUGUUGUAGCAUUUUGCGGCAAUUAGAAAUCCCCCUCUCCUGCCCUCUCCUCUUGCGAGUUUCAAGGAUUUUAUCGUUUUAGCUGGUCCUCUUCACGCUGAGAAUGUGACACUUCCGUUUCCUUUUUCAUCAUUUACCAAGUCGUGGAAGAGUUCACAGCUGGAAAUCUGUUCAUGGCACCUGAACAGAAAUUCUGCAUAAUUCCCCGGGCUUCACCACAAGCCGGCAUGCGUGUUUGCCACGUUGUUUUAAUUCCCUUUGUCACCUUUUAGUUUCACAGACUGCACCCUCCCCAACACGUUUCAAGGACCAGACUGCACCCCAGCGCGUCCGUGUGGGGGAGACCUUUUCAGUUAAAGCCAAGUUGAAGAAAAUAGCAGGUAUAGCUUUGAGCAGCCUGCUCCUUAACAUCAUACCUAUUUGUUUGAACGUGUGGAUCACCGCUGAAGAUACGCAAGUGGUUAAUUGGCUCAAUAUUAUACAUUUGUAGUAAACUGAUAAAUACACAGCAAUCCGUAAAGAGCAGGAUAGAUUACCCAUGUUUUUUUUCAAACAACUUUAUUACAGGGGGGGUCCUGUAAAAUCCCACCUGUGACUUGCAUCUCAAGAACAGUGCUCACAGUCCAGUCCAUUUCAGGUCUUACCAGGUGCCUCCAGGGAGGCCACCACCCAGUGCUGGGUAUUUGCUAUUGUGUUGUCUAUUUCGUCUAGACGUGGCAUAGCCUGGACUUGGUUUUCUUCAGCACUACAGCCUGUUCAAAGGGCUUUAGGUUUUAAGAUCGAAAAUGGAUUUAACAGCUGGCCAGUGACACUCUUGAUCGCUUCUCUACCAUGCUGAGGUAACUGAAAAUGAGUACCCUCAUUUUACCUGUUUACCUGUACAACUUCCCCCAUCUUGGAAACACCUAUUGCAAGACAUUCAUCCUGCGUGUUUCGGAAUAAAACAGAGGAAGGUGUGGCACCACCUAACUUGGUUAAAUUCUGAAAAUGUAACCUGUUUUUGGAUGCUUUGUGGUAUGGUCAGAUUGUACAAUGUUUCUCCACAUUCACCUUUUUGCCAAAAAGAAAAUAUUUACUUUUUGUAAUGCUUUAAGUGUAUAAAUGCUUUAAAAGUGGCAAUGCAUAUUUUAAUAUUGGAUGCACUUUUGAGUUUUUUGAAAUGCUGACAUUGGAACUGAAGCCUCUUGUUGAUGUUAGUUUAUAAACAAUCCACAUGUACCAGUCUCUGGUGAAAAUACUAUAAACAUAGUUUUGUAAAUGAACACCUCUGUAAUAUCUAGAACGUGACACAAAAGAAGAUAAAGGCUGAAGUUCUGAAUUUUCGAACUAUUCGUUUUUGUUUCAAACAGCCAAAAGACAGUUAAACUAAAUUUGAAAGUCAAAAUUUGCAGCAUUGUGUUAUCAUUUUUCUUGUUCUGUCAAUCGGCAAGAAGGUGGAAAACCAGCUUCCAACCAAAUUAGAACAAGAAUUACAUUUGUGGUCCUCCCACAAAGAGUGAAAACUUUAAAAAUGUACAUGCACAGCCCUGCAUGAGUCAACACCCUGACAAAUAUACACAGCUAUACUACAUACAGAACGCAGAGUCAGGAUCCAUUUGGAUGAUGCAGGAAUAGAUGUGCUUUUAGGAGACCUUUCUGUUGUCCAGUGUAAAAGUACCCGAGCAGCCAUGGGUUGGGCCUGUAAAAAUCCGUCAAUGUUUUGUACUGCUGUCACAAUACAAUCUCUACAACACGCCAUCACUGUGACAAUAAAUUGUAAUUUUGAAAUGA